GAUUUCUAGGGUUUUCCCGCUUGGCCGUUCAGUCUCUGCACCAGCGUUUCUUCAGGCGUGCUCGUUGCUGCUAAUCCUCAACAAUGACGAAGAGAACCAAGAAGGCUGGAAUUGUCGGGAAAUACGGUACCAGAUAUGGUGCUAGUUUGAGGAAGCAAAUUAAGAAGAUGGAAGUCAGUCAGCACAGCAAAUACUUCUGCGAGUUUUGUGGAAAGUAUGCUGUGAAGAGGAAGGCUGUUGGGAUAUGGGGUUGCAAGGACUGUGGAAAGGUGAAAGCAGGAGGUGCCUACACUUUGAACACUGCAAGUGCCGUUACCGUUCGGAGCACGAUCCGAAGGCUGAGGGAGCAGACUGAGAGCUAAGUUUGAUUAAGAUUUUGUAUUUCUUUUGUCUUGAGUUUUGCUAGUUUGAUAGUGUAGAGUUCUUGGAGGCAAUUUGAGUACCCAUUUGACUUCAUUUCAAGUUGAAACUCCAGAGCUUUAAUAGCUCUGCUUAUUUAGAAGAUAAUUUUUAAUAUCCUGGAUUUUUGAAACUGCGACAUCUCUACUUUAUUGAACUGAAUUGGUCUUGCUUUCCGAUA